AUGAAUUCUAUUGAAAAGAGUAUUGAAGGUAAGAUUGCUGGCAGUCAAUUCCAAACCUACGAAAAGGAAGGGGAACAAAAGAUUGCUCAAAAUAGUGAGUUCAAGAACCUUGACUCUGAAGCUAGAACCAAGUUUGGUAGUGACAACGUCGAUAAAUUUGAAAAAGUUGCUGAAAAUGGAAUUAAUCAACGCUUAAACAAUGCUUUUGGUGGUAGUAACAGUAAUAAUUAA